UGACGUCCAUGGCAUAAAACAACGUCCAUGCUUAUUACAGUCCGAAAUAUACCAGAAACUUCGAAUUUCUGUCUUUGGAAUAAAAUAAAAAUCGUUAUUACUGAAUCAAGCGUUACAUAUAACAGUUUAUCGUAAGUGUUAGCUAUAUUUCGAAACGAAUGGCCGGACAUUUCUAGUUUAAUUUGAGCUAAUUUACAUUGAACGUGAAUGGAGUUGGAGAACGGAGCAGCCACGGAACAACAAUGAACACACUUCAUUCUUGACAUUUCUGAUACAACUAGUGAGUUCGGCUUCAUCCUGCAGGAUGCUGCGAGAGUCGUAUCCCUUCGCGGAGGACAGUUUCAGCCGCUUCCCGUCGCAGAGCAACAUUUACGGACUGUGUCAGGCCGGGGAGCAAGAGCUGCUGGCGGCCACCCUCAAAGGGAAGGUGCUGUGUUUCAGAUACCAGGAGCUGCAGCACAAAAUCCGACCGGUGGCCAAGGAGGUUCAGUUCACCUACAUCCCGGUCGAUGCAGAGAUUGUCUCAAUUGACGCCUUCAACAAGUCUCCGCCCAAAAGAGGCCUGGUGGUGGGCAUCACAUUCGUAAAGGACUCUGGUGACAAAGCCACGCCGUUCCUGAACAUCUACUGUGACUACGAGCCGGGCUCAGAGUUCAACCUCGAGUCUAUUGCACAGAGCUGCCUGAAUCUGGAGCUGCAGUUCACGCCCUUUCACCUGUACCACUCAGAAGUGCAGUGUGACGAUGGAGGCAGAGAGACAGUGUUCCUGCUCAGCGGCCAUGACCAGAGGAUCCACCUGUACAAGGAGAACGCCUCCCUCCACCAGUUUGAAGAGCAGCCAGUGGAGAGACUCUUCCCUGAACUACAACAGCUGCCCAGCAAUGUGCUUUGGCUGGAUAUGUUGAGUAUAGCUGGUGGCCGGCGGCUCUCAGCGUUUGGCUGUCAGAAUGGCUGCGUUGGACUGGCUCUGGUCAACCACACAGGCCCAGAGGUUUUGCAGAGCUGGCGGUUCCAGUUCGACAGUCCAAUCUCUUCAGUGCUGCUGUUCCCUCUGAGCUGCCAGACUGAGCCCAACCAGCCCAGCGGAGAGCAAAGUGUGGAAAUGGAAAGCUACAACCUCCUAGUAACCAGUAGUAUAGAGAUGGCAGUCGUCUACAGAGAUGUCCAGGAGCGAGGUUUGUCUUGCUCGGUGUGCCUCUCAGAGAGUGACCAGUGGGACGCUGUGCUUUGUGCUCUGGUCAUUGACCUGGAUUUUGACGGGCAGAAGGAGGUGCUGUUGGGAACAUACGGGCAGGAACUUCUUUGUUACAAAUACCAGCCGGCAGGGAGAGGACAAGACGGACAGUUUCAGCUGCAGUGGAGGCGGAGCUUCAAGAGUCCUUUGCUGUCCAUCAUCUACUUAGACUUGACCGGGGACGGUUUGAGAGAGCUUGCCGUCCUCACACUGAAGGGACUGCAUAUCUUACAGCAUUCUCUCACCAGCACUGCUGAUUUGGUCCUGGAGCGGCUCGCCCUCAGGGUGUCAGCCCUCUCAGCUGGGUCCGAGCUGGAGUCAGCCAAAGCACGAGACGCUGAGGAGAAGGAUGCUCCGGCUAAGGCAGAGGAGAGUACAGCGCCGACACCACCGACAAAAGAGAAACCGUGCAUUGUGUUUCCAUGUGGAAGUCUUGACGGUUCGGACUCAGGGUUUCGCCCAUAAAAGUUGUUAAGCCUUAGGCAAGUGUCUUUUUGAAUUGGAGAUUUGAAAAUAUGACUAUGUCUAAGUUUCCAACCGUUUUUCUAAGAUUAUUUUUUGGCCAUUUUCAACCUUUAUUUUGAUAGGACAGCAGAAGACAUGAAAGGGGAGAAUGACAUGCAGCAAAGGGCCGUAGGUCAGAGUCGAACCCGGGACCUCUGCGUCGAGGAGUAAACCUCUAUAUAUGGGCGCCUGCUCUACCAACUGAGCUAUCAGGGCGCCCUUCCAACCAUUUUAAAAGCGUCUUAAAAUAUAUAAAAAAAUACUUCCCAGUGGCUUAGGCCUUGUGGGGAGAAACUUAGGCCCACCAGGCUUACAGUACACUGGGGGAAACCCUGAGACUGAAGUGUUUGCCUUAUUUACACGUGGGACGUGAAGGAUUUUCUCAGGGGUGUGUAUUCCUGAACAGUUACAUUGUAGUUGUGCCGCUAGUUACAAAAUCCAACAUCACAUUAGCCACCAAAAACAGUGCCACUCUGCUUUGUGGUGGAAUACUGAACGUAGGUGACAGUAAAAGGAACUGUGUGAAGAGCUGACAUUAAGCUAUGAGCUGAUACAUUGAUACACUGAUAUGUGCUGUACAUUUGCAGAUAAUAAAUCCCGUCUGGGUCUAUACACUCAC